AUGAAAAUUUUAUGUGUGGCAGAAAAACCGUCAAUUGCAAAAGAAGUUGCUAACAUUUUAGGUGGUGGAAAUGUAAGAGUAAGAUCUUCUAAAAAUAAAUAUAUCAAAAACUAUGAUUUCAGAUAUUCAUUUCCAUCUACUGGUUUCUGUGAUGUCACUAUGACCUCAGUCUUGGGUCAUAUCACAAACUUGGAUUUUCCUAGUUCAUAUUCGUGGGGUAAAUGCUCUCCAAGAACUUUAUUUACAGCUGAAAUAUUGACUAAAAUUACUCAAAAAGAAGUGUUUGAUAAUAUUUCAAGUGAAGCCAGAAAUUCGAGCAAGUUGAUGAUAUGGACGGAUUGUGAUAGAGAAGGGGAAUAUAUCGGAAAAGAAAUAUUUGACGCCGCUAGAAAAGGUAAUUCACAAAUAACAUUGAACAAUGUUUGGAGAAGUAAAUUCUCACACUUAGGAAGACAACAUAUUCUAAGUGCAGCUAAUGCACCUAUACAAUUGGACAUGAAAGCAGCUAAUGCUGUACAAUGUCGUAUGGAGGUGGAUUUAAGAGUAGGUUUAAGCUUUACGAGACUUUUAACUGAUAACUUGAAAAAUGCUAAAAUUAUAAAGGAUAAGGAAGUUGCAUCAUAUGGAACUUGUCAAUUUCCUACUUUGGGCUUUGUUGUUGAUAGAUACAAAAGAGUGAAGAAUUUUAAAUCUGAACCAUUUUGGUAUAUUGAGCCUAUGAUAAGGAAAGAAAGUAAAAAGACAUCUUUUAAUUGGGUUAGAGGAAAUAUAUUUGACAGAUUAUAUGUGAUGAUAUUGUAUGAAAAGUGUUUAAAAAAUGAGUUUGGAACUAUUACAAAGCUUGAAACUAAAUCAACUAGUAAUUAUAGACCAUUACCAUUGACAACUGUGGAAUUACAAAAAGAUUGUGCUAGAUAUUUUAAAAUGUCUGCAAAAUCUACUUUAGCAGCUGCUGAGGCAUUGUAUAAUAGAGGUUUUCUAUCUUAUCCAAGAACUGAAACUGAUAAAUAUCCGUCAUCAUUGAAUUUAAAAGACAUAUUUGAAAAGCAGAAACAAGAUUCCAGAUGGGGAUUAUGGUGUAACAAAUUAUUAACUGAGGGGCAUGAAACUCCUAGAAGUGGUUCCCAUGACGAUCAUGCGCAUCCGGCAAUACAUCCAGUAAAUUAUGUUUCCAUUGAUUCCUUAAACAAUCAAAACGAAAAGAAAGUCUAUGAAUAUGUGGUUCGACGAUUCCUAGCUUGCUGUUCAAAAGAUGCAGUGGGUUUACAAACGCUGGCAACCUUAAAAUGGGGUGAUGAAUUUUUCACAGCAAAAGGAUUAAUGGUUACGGAAAGAAAUUAUUUGGAUGUUUUUAUUUAUAAAAAAUGGGACAGCUCUAAACCUUUACCUAAACUUAGUGAAGGCGAAAAAGUGAAAAUCAGUAGUGGAUUAAUGAAAGAAGGAAAAACAAGUCCACCUCAAUUAAUGACUGAAACAGAGCUUAUUGCAUUGAUGGAUGCUAAUGGUAUUGGAACAGACGCAACAAUUGCUGAACAUAUUGAUAAAAUCAUUAGUCGGAAGUAUGUUGAAAAGGAAAAGCGAGGUAGGGUAGAUUACAUAGUUCCAUCGAAACUAGGAUUGGGAUUAAUUGAAGGAUUCGAUAAGAUGGAAUUCGAAGGUAUAUCACUAUCUAAACCAUUUUUAAGAAAAGCUUUAGAAAAUGCUUUACAAGAAAUAUGUGAUGGUGUUAAACGAAAAGAGGAAGUUGUUGAAGAGAUGAAUAAAAUUUAUAAUGACGCUUAUGAUGUUUGUAAAAGGAAAGAAAGCAUUUUGACUAAUCUGUGUAGAAUAGCUAAUACGGUUAAUUAA